AUGUCUAUUAAUUACAACUUGUCUGUUUCAACAUCCCGACCUUGGACCUUAUUCAAGCUUCUCUUCAAAUGGAAAGGUAGUAUAUGGAAAAGUAUCAUUGUCGAACUAAUAGUCUGGCUUCUGUUAUUUUAUAUUCUCAAUUUUAUAUAUAGAUUCGCUUUGGGAGACGUGGGCAAGAUAAGGUUCGAAAAGGCUAUAGCCUACUGUGAUGAUGCCUUGACUUACAUACCGUUGAGCUUCAUGCUGGGAUUUUUUGUAACUGCUGUAUUGAACCGCUGGCUUUCUAUGUAUGGAAUGAUAGGUUUUGUAGAUAAUUUGGCUUUGAAGACAUCAGUAUACAUAAGAGGUUUGUCUGAGGAAGCUGUUAUGUACCGCCGCACCAUCAUAAGAUAUUCCGUACUAUCGCAAGUUAUGUACUUCCGAGAUAUUUCUAUGAGAGUAAGACGUAGGUUCCCUACAGUAGACUCAGUUGUGGAAGCCGGGUUUCUGUUGACUCGCGAAAAAGAAGUAUGGGAAUCUCAAAAGUUCAAGUAUGGUAAGAAUUGGAUGUUCAUGCAAUGGGCCUUGACCUUAAUCUAUGAAGCUCGCCAACGAGGUUACAUUGAGAGUGACUACUAUCAGUGUCAGCUAAGUGAAGAUGUAGCCGCAUUUCGGUCGAACUUGGCAAAGUUGGUGAUGUACGACAUGGUUCCAAUACCCCAAGUGUACCCUCAACUCAUUUGCAUGGCCGUUCAUACAUUUUUCCUUCUAAGCGUUGUCGCCGAACAGUUUGUUGUUCCAGAACGAGCAUCUCCAAAACAAGUUGACAUCUACUUUCCUCUCAAUGGCGUUCUGCAAUUCAUUUUUUAUAUGGGGUGGAUGAAGAUUGCGGAGGUGAUGUUGAACCCAUUUGGAGAAGACGAUGAUGAUUUUGAAACCAAUCGAUUGAUUGAUCGAAAUUUAGCAGUUGGGAUGGAUGCUGCUGUUCAUUCAUAUGCAACUUGUCCCACGCUAUCAAAAGACAUUUGGAACGAAAAGAUGAGUCCUCUGUAUUCCGAAGAUGCAGCUAAACUUCCAAAUAAUCAGCUUCGUGAAUCUGUCAGUCACGUCAUCUUGAGACCAACUCGAAUGAAGUUUAUGACGGAUGUGGAAGAAAAUGGAGUCGAGCAGCCUCUUCUUAAAGAGUCUAUACGCAAAUUAUCCAACUAUCUUGGUGCGAAAAACAGUCAGAAAGUUGCAGCAGCUGGUGCUGCAAAAGCUGUUGCAUCGUCUACUGGAAAUUUGAAUAUUAGAGACAGAAUAAUUGAACCUCCCAAGAAAACCUCCAACUCCAUUGCUAAUGUAACGGAAUUAGCUCGUAGUGACAGUCAUUCGAGCGAUGGUUCCUUCCAAGAAGACUUCCAUCCAUACAACCGAUUGAGACCAAACCCACGUGACGUGAGGAAAGGAUCAACAACCAUCGCCAAGGAACAUCCAUGCGUUUCCAUAACCAUACAAGAAGAAGACGAAGAUAAUACGAGUAAUAUCAGUCAAAAAUGA